UUACGGCAAGGGCAUUUUGUAGCCAACGUUUCGUUUUCUCUGUUAUACGCUUAGAGACAAGGCAUUAACAGCUGUGUGACUGUGAAUUUGAAAUAACAGUUGAUUAUAGUAGUUUAUUCCACACGCGACUGCCUGCUACCAUUACCCAGAAUGCCUCGCUAGACUCCGUCUGUUGAAGCAGUGACUGUGUAGAACAGAGUCAGCCUGCUAACAGUUACGUUUGACAUUCAUGAAGUUGUCGUUACUAUGCAUUUUUAUUGCAUGAAAUAAGGUAACGAGGGAAAGAAAAUAACAGGGGAAGGCGAUAUUUGUUGUUGUCAAUACGCCAGCAAUGCCUCUGUUCACGACCAAUCCAUUUGACCAAGAUGUUGAGAAAGCGACCAGUGAGAUGAACACAGCUGAGGACUGGGGCCUCAUUCUGGACAUAUGUGAUAAGAUAGGACAGUCACGCACUGGGCCAAAAGAAUGUCUCCGAUCUAUAAUGAGAAGAGUGAACCACAAGGACCCCCAUGUGGCCAUGCAGGCACUGACUCUCCUUGGUGCCUGUGUCUCAAACUGUGGGAAGAUAUUCCACCUGGAAGUUUGCUCCAGAGAGUUUGCAAGUGAAGUCAGUAAUGUCUUAAAUAAGGGCCACCCUAAAGUGUGUGAGAAGCUGAAAGCACUGAUGGUGGAGUGGGCAGAGGACUUCCGUAAUGACCCCCAGCUUAGUCUGAUCUCAGCUAUGAUCAAGAAUCUACGGGAGCAGGGUGUCACUUUCCCAGCUGUUGGGUCCCAGGCUGCAGAGCAAGCAAAAGCAAGCCCUGCUUUAGUGGCGAAGGAUCCCUCCACCUCCACAAAUAAAAAAGAAGAAGAGGAUCUGGCUAAGGCUAUUGAGUUAUCACUGAAGGAGCAGCGCCAGCAGCCACAGACCUCCCUGUCAAGCCUUUACCCAAGUACCUCCAGCCUCCUUUCCUCACAUAAGUCAGAUGGCAGGAAAGUCCGUGCCAUCUACGACUUUGAGGCUGCUGAGGACAACGAACUCACCUUUAAGUCUGGAGAAAUCAUCACAAUCCUAGACGACAGUGAUCCAAACUGGUGGAAAGGAGAAACAUACCAGGGAAUAGGGCUGUUUCCAUCCAACUUCGUCACAGCUGACCUCACUGCAGAGCCUGAGAUGAUGAAAACAGAGAAGAAGACAGUGCAGUUCAGCGAGGAUAUCCAGGUGGAGACUAUAGAGCCUGAACAGGAGCCAGUGUUUAUAGACGAGGACAAAAUGGACCAGCUGCUGCAGAUGAUCCAGAGUGCAGACCCCACAGACAACCAGUCCGACACUGUUGAGUUACUACAGUUGGAAGGUGCCUGCAAUCAAAUGGGACCCCUCAUUGACCAGAAGCUGGAGGAUAUAGACAGGAAGCAUUCAGAGCUGUCAGAGCUGAACGUUAAGGUGAUGGAAGCUCUGUCUUUGUAUGCUAAGCUAAUGAAUGAAGAUCCAGUCUACGCCAUGUAUGCCAAGCUGCAGAGCCAACAGUACUACAUGCAGCAGCCAGCCAGUGCAGCACAACAGGUGUACCCAGGACAGCCUGCAUCAGGUUCUUACGCUAUGAGUGGCCCUGCAGUGCAGGGUUACACAGUUCCCAUGGAGCAGCUUCCAGCUGGAGCACCCAUACCUGGUCAGCCAGCUCCUAGUGAUGUUCAUAUGUACAUGGGCCAGCCGCCAGUCUACACAGCAGCUCCAGGCAGCAUGGCCCCAGCAGAGGUACAGUCCUACCAGAACCCAGCCAGUGCCCCUGGCCCCACCCCAGGCACCACUCCCGCAGGCAUGACGCAGACACCAAACUACAGCACCCCCUCUGGGCCCAGCAUAGCACCUUCCUCAGACGCCUCGCAGGCCCCCUACUCGGAGAAAGCCUUGCUAUAGGGUCUACCAAGCUCACUGUAAUCCUCACUCCUACACACGUACAUGCGCCAGACCUUAUCAAACAGUGGUAGAUCAUUUCUUUAACUGUCGUUUUAUAAUGUGUUUAUCAUAAGAAGGAUGAAAGAAAUAUAAAUGGAGAGGUCUUACUUAAAAUUUAGUGCCCUUAAAUUCAUAAAAAAACAGUUACACUCUCAGUCCAGGUUAAGAAGUGAGCAUGACAGUUUAAGCAUCUUCCACAAAGCACCAUAAGCUCUGAAAAUACUCUUUUAGGACUAUAUUUAUUUAUUAAUUAAUUAUAAUGCAGUAUUUUCUCCCUGUUUUUCUUACUUAAAUCUUAACCAGAUCUUAAAACAUGCAAAAGUUUGUAAUUGCACUUUUUGGUCAUCGUUUAAAAUGGAUCACUUCUCAAUCUAAAUCUGAUGGCAAUUAAUGAAUUGUCUUUUUAAGUACAAGACCUGACACUGAUUCCAGCUUUAGUGUGAUUGGACUUAUAAAAUAUGUUGUAAUACAUUAUUUAAUGGGUCUGUAAUUAAAAAAGGAAAUCAUUGAAGGAAGAUGAUCAUUUGGUAUGAAUAGUUUCUUUUGUCCAUUUCCAGAGAAAUUUCUUCAAAACACAAGCCCUUAUUAAAAGCAAGUUAAGAUUUAUUCCUUUGUCAAUGAUUAUUGGAGCUCCCAAAAUUCAAACUGAUUAUAUUUUAGGGUAUUGACCUCUGACUUGAUGCUUUUUUUUACACUCCCAUUUCAAUUUAAAAUUAUUGGGAUAGACCCUGUAAAACUUGACUUUUCAAAUGCAUACACAGCUGUUAAUCUGACUAGAAUUGUGCAAAAUCAAAUUUCUCAAAGUUGGACCAAUAUAUCUAGAUGAUGGGGUUGGAGGUUGUAUGCUUGGACUAGGCGUUCUGCACAUGCUCUAUAGUCUUUGGCUGGGCUUUGACCCAGAAAUCAAACAGCAGAAAUGCUAAGUGUAGCAGGAGUGAAUGAAGCUGUGUUUCCAUGAGGUGGUCUAGUUUGACUACGGUUUGGUAUGGUAUAAGUAGCUGAAAGGGGAGAAAUUGCCACCUGUUGUGGCAACGGCAGACGAGGUCCCAUCAAAAACAUUGUCUCUCUAUACAUGUAUACUGGAAUAAGAACAGUGGUCCAGUUAAAUUGCCUAAUUAAGCUAUAACUCUAAUCAGAAUCUUUAUUGUCAUUGUACACAAGUACAACGAUAAUUGUGCAUAAUUCCAUUGAGUCUAAAAAAAACAUAAACAAAAACGAGGUAUACCCUGACUCUUUGCUAUAUAUGUAAACAUGCUAAUUGUAAGCUGGUGACAAAAUUCCUUUUAGAAACAUUUCAAAGAAAUUGUUUUCAUAAUUACAGAUCUGUUUAAUAAGGUGUUAGUAAAUUGUAAGCUGUAGGGGUAGCCACAUCAACCCUAAAACAAAGCAUUUGUGCAGUAACUGUGAUCCAGUUUAAAACCAGACACUAUAGGCAGGUGUACAGCAGCACACAAACACAGAUGUUCUAGUUGGUCCACGUCCUCAGCAGUUUUUUUUUUACUAAACUCUCACUGGCACACUAACACGAGUUGAACUCCACAACAAGCCACCGCCUUCUCACCCUCUUAAAGCAACUACAGUGCUAAUCACGUCUCACAAAAAGGGUCAUAAAUUAACAUUUUUAUUUCUUUUUUGUAUUAAAAAAGGACUUUUUGUGAUGCUGAAGCGUUAGGCUACAUUCUGUAUAUGUUGUCAACUUUUAGAAGUACUGAAAACUGAAGCCACUUUGUUUUAUUUUAGAGGGAAAGUGAACAAGAGGAGUUACAGCAUGCACAUGACUCUUGUAUAUACUGUAAUGAACUAGUAGUGUAGCCACAGGAUGACCUCAUGAGUGGGGCCGUGUGUUAGUACAGCUCUGGGGGUUCUUUAAAAGGUGAACUCUGCAGUCGUUGUUUGAGCCCGGUGUAAACGCCAAAGAGAACAAAGUGGAAAAGAAAAAAACAAGAAAAAGAAAAAUGUAAUUUUUCCUUGCAUAUUUUAAUAAUAAUUGACUCCUAAUUUCAUGCUGCAGUGUUUUCCUCUCCAAAAUGAGCUCCGUCUCCAUUUACGGGCUGUACUAACACACUCGCACCAUGCACUCGGCUACGAAAGGGGGGAACUCUGUGAAAAACCCCAGUGUCUUUAAAGCAUCUCUUUAGUCAGUGUUGAAAAUUGAAUACAAUGUUUUUUGUAGUGCAUUUAAUUUAUGUUUUUGAUUAUUGUUAUGCUAUUUUAAAUGGAGAAGCAGUGCAGGAUGUAUGUAUUCCGAGAAAAGCAGAAUAUGUGAAAUUCUGCCUGACUAAGUUGUAUAUUUAAAAAGCUCACAUGAGAACAUGGACUCCUCUCUCUGUGUUUGAUACAUGCUUAUUGUACUGUAGGGUCAAUGGUAAUGUGAAAAAUUGAUCCAACCUACCCAUGUGCAUUUCAAAUCCGUUCCUCUCUCAGAGCUAACACUACAACAAAUCCUCCCUGAAGCAGAUCUGAAGCAAGGUUUCUGGAUAAGUAGUCAGGAUUUGAAGCAACCUUCUUCCAAAAUCUCUCCAAGCUUUCAGUUCAUGACACAUUCAAGAUCAAAUGUUUCAGUACUCUUCUCAUAUCGUAAAUCUAACCACAUACUACCUGUUGAAAUUUUAAGGGAAGGACAUGUUUAUAGAUAUUGAUUGCACAUUGCAAAAAGUUGAUGAAACAGGAAAUUUAUUUAUGUUAUUUUAUUAUACUGAUUGAUGCUACAUGAAGGAAUGAGGAGUUUGAGACACUAGAUGAUCCAAUUGCAGGACAAAUUGGUUCGUGGAGCUGACUGUAAAUUUGUGUCCUUUCAAUUUCUUCUAAAAGUCAGUGUUUGGAAUGUGCUACUCCUUAUCAUCCCUGUGCCACAUUGAGUUUGUAGAACAUCCUAAAACUUUAAAAAUGCACCUGGGACUUUAAAGACAAAGGCCAUUGUAUUCUCCAGAACUGGAUUUAAACAUUAACAAAGUUUAUUCUAAGGUGAGAAAUCCUUUUUUUGCAGCCUUUGACUUAAUUUUAGAAUGAGAACUGUUGAUCUUUUGGAUAGAUGAGGGCUGAAAAUAUGAAACAUAUAAAUAGUAGCAGCUAUUCUGGGACCAGGGAGCCAGGAGCCAGUUAAUCAUCACACAUUUUACCAAUGUGACAUCUUUUUGCACCACAGUAAUGGAGCGCAGCCCCAAUGUAACUUAAUUGCACAGGAUUGAGAUGCUGCCUGUUUUUAAGUUUUAAACCAACAUCAUUAUUGUAAAGGUUCUGUCUAAUUGUGUACCCUGCUGUUUGUAUGUAUUCUUUUAACCAUACUUAUUAAUUGAUAUUCACAAUAAAACCAGGCCAAAUGUACAGAA